CAAAUAAAAAUCUAAUCCGAUUAAGAUUCAAAUUACUUGUCAACUUGAUAUUGUGCACCACUAGAACUUAAACAACCAUACAAGUGAUACAACUCUACAAAACAACGAAGUACAAACAAAGUGACUUCAAAAAUCAAAAUUGUCGAGUUUUUGAGCAAACUACAACAGCAGCAUCAACCAUGGGAAGAGGAAAAUUCAAGGGCAAGCCUACUGGCCGCCGCCAGUUUUCAACUCCCGAAGACAUUUUAGGUGGAACUUCUCGUCCACGCACCUUUAGACAGAAAAAAGAAGAGGAAGAAGAGGUAGAAGAGGAAGAAGAAGAAUCAGAAGAAGAAUCUGAUGAAGAUACUGAACGAAAGAUGAAAGGGACACAGGGGAUCAUUGAGAUCGACAACCCCAACGUGGUGAAGAAACAGAACCUAAAGGCAAAAGAUAUUGAUCUUGACAAAACAACUGAACUUACAAGACGUGAGAGGGAGGAGUUGGAAAAACAGAGGUCUCAUGAAAGAUACAUGAAGCUGCAAGAACAAGGGAAAACGGAACAAGCAAAGAAAGAUUUAGAGAGGUUGAAACUUAUUCGUGAACAAAGGGCAGAGGCUGCUAGGAAGAGAGAGGAAGAAAAAGCUGCCAAGGAACAAAAGAAAGUUGAAGCCCGCAAAUCCUGAAGGCAGAGGAACAAUCUUGAACAAAUCUUUGCAGCUUUUAAUAGCUAUAAUUUGUUUGUUUUAAAGUUAUGCAUAAAUAUUCCCCUAAUUGUGCUGGUUGUGAUAAUUUACCCUGUUUUUAAUUUAGCUUGAUGGUUGACCAUGUUAUUCUGCUUAUAGCAAAUGAAAAGUUAAUACUUUUAUAAACAUUGAGCAACCAUUUUGUGCAUUGUAAGUUAUAUUUGCUCUAAUUUGAGGUGCAAUUCAUAUUA